CACGCCUGGUCUCUGUGCUUUACGUUUAGCGCUCGUGCUAGUUUGACACUCUGAAGAACCGUCAUGUCUCUCGGUAAAGCCGCUCGGAGUUUGGUGAAACCGCUCCGGGGCGUCCUCCGGCCUCCAGCCCAGGGUCUGAACCGGAGCUUCGCCGCUGUCGCUGAAGCCAGAGCGGUGCUGGAGAGCGAGUUGGACGGUAUCCGAGCGGCGGGGACGUGGAAGGCGGAGAGGAUAAUCACGUCGAAGCAGGGACCGCAAAUCAACGUGGACGGCAGCCGGAGCACUAUAUUAAAUUUCUGUGCCAACAACUACCUGGGACUGUCCAGCCAUCCGGAGGUGGUGCAGGCAGGGAUCGACGCUCUGAAAACAUACGGUGCUGGACUGAGCUCUGUCAGAUUCAUCUGUGGCACACAGGAUAUACACAAGAAUCUGGAGAAGAAGUUGGCAGAGUUUCAUGAGAGAGAGGAUUGCAUCCUUUAUGCCAGCUGUUUUGAUGCCAAUGCUGGACUGUUUGAGGUAUUAAUGGGCCCAGACGAUGCAGUUUUGUCUGAUGAGCUGAACCACGCCUCCAUCAUCGAUGGGAUCCGUCUGUGCCGAGCUAAGAGGCUGCGCUACAAGCACAUGGACCUGAGUGACCUGGAGAACAAACUCAAAGAGUCUCAGUCAUCUCGUAUGCGCCUCAUCGUGACCGAUGGCGUCUUCUCAAUGGAUGGAGACGUGGCUCCUCUAACAGGAAUCUGUGACCUGGCUGAACAGUAUGGAGCCAUGGUGUUUAUCGAUGAAUGUCACGCCACCGGGUUCCUGGGAUCCCGAGGCAGAGGAACAGACGAGCUCCUAGGAGUGAUGAACAGAGUUCACAUCGUAAACUCCACCCUGGGAAAAGCGCUGGGAGGAGCUGCCGGUGGUUACACCGUCGGCCCUAAACCACUCAUCGACCUGCUGAGACAGCGCUCCAGACCUUACCUGUUCUCAAACUCGCUCCCCCCUCCGGUCGUCGGCUGCGCCACCAAAGCCGUGGAGCUGCUGCUCGCCUCCAACGAGAUCGCACAGAGUAUGACGGCCAAAACCAUGAGGUUCAGAAACAAGAUGACACAGGCUGGUUUCACCAUUGCAGGCUCGGCUCACCCGAUCUGUCCCGUGAUGCUCGGCGAUGCUCGGCUUGCCUCUCUCAUGGCCGAUGAUAUGCUGAAGCUCGGAGUCUACGUGAUUGGAUUCUCCUACCCAGUCGUCCCAAAAGGCAAAGCCAGAAUCCGCGUCCAGAUUUCCGCCGCCCACACAGACGAAGACAUCGACCACUGCGUUGAGGCGUUCAUCCAGACGGGCAGAAAACACGGAGUCAUCUCCUGAAACGGACAGUGAGGAUUGUGAAACAUAUGCACCGUUCAGUCUGAACUACAGUGAACGCUCGCUCUGCAGAUCGCUGCUGCUGCCUGUAACCCAAGACCUGCGAAUGCUUCAGACAGAAAUAUUAGUUACAUGUGUAGGUCAAAGGAGGUGAUGUUAUUUAGUGUGUCGCCAAGCUGAAUGAAGCUACGUUUAGAUGUUUGUAUUCUGAUUAAAAGGGCUGCUAAAGUUUGAGAUGUGGGGUAAAUGUUUGCUCUCUAAAGCCUAUUUUUCUAGUCAUCAUGAAGCCUAAUGAUGUUAACAAAUUAGAGAAAGCAUCUUGUAAAAAACAACUACAAUUUUAAAAUUCAUCUCAAGAAAUCAGUUAAAGUUUAAAUAAACUUUGUCUCCUAGUGAGAGAAGGAUUUUCAGGAAUAAAGGAACCUUACAGUGUUUCAUCACCCCCAGCCAAAGAUUUUACGCUUCUCCUCAGAGAGAGAGGAUUGCAUUGCCUUUUUUCAAAGAUGCAGUUUUGCAGGUUCUGUAUGUGGAAUAAUGUAAAAAUAUUAAAGUUAAUUCUUGCUAACAAAGGA